GUUCUAUUUGUUUUGAUAACAUAAGAGUGUCUUUGGGAAAUGGUAUCAUUAUGCAAAAUGACGAAUCUUGAGGGUAGGAGGUUGCAAUAACUCUGAAAUUUUAAUAUAUUCUCUCCCUCAAACUUCAAUAAUCAAAGACUAUCAGAGACUUGUCACUUGUGUCCAUAAACAAUUGAUUGGAUUGCAAUUUCUUCCAAAAUAAAUGCCCCCAAUCCCACAUGGCUUUACCUAGUCAGCAUAUAGACACACACAUCUUUUAUUGUUUCCCAUAUGCAACCACUUGUAUAUAUAAAGGCUUAUCAGUCAAUCCCAUGUGAGCUUCUUCUUCUUCUUUGCAAGGAAAAAACACACACACACACCCACAAAACCAUUAUUAUUCUAAAAGUUUUCUCUGCAGGUAUGGAGGUUAUUCAUAAUAGCUCUUUUGACUCCCCACCAAAAACUGUUGUAAACUUGGAACAAGAGCCUGGAGAUCUUCUUGAGAAAUCUUGGUUCUUUGGGAAUCUGCUGGACAGAAGAACAAGGAUGUCUAGAUGUUAUUCUGAUCCUGGUUCUUCAAGUUCAUCUUCCAAACCCAGUAAUGAAGAUCAAGAUCAGAUUUCAUCCUCUGCUUCUUCAUCAUCGGCAGCUGGGAAAUCCUACGAAGAAACUUAUUCAUCAUUGAAGAAACUUCCGCCACAGGGGCCGAGUUUUGGUGGCGGCGGCCGUCCUGGCGGUGGUUUGAUGAGGACACCGUCUUUGCCGGAAGAAUCAACCCAUCAGCGUGCAAAAGGGAGGAACUUUAGCAAUAAUGAUAAGGGAGGAAAGCCGGCUGGAUUACUCCGGCAGCAGUCAACGGCUAAUUAUAAUCUUCUCCGGGCACCGUCUAUGCCGACUUCUUUAGUAGUUAAGGAUGAAAUUCAUGAUGAAGAAAGCGAGUUUUCAAUGAGCAAGUUGAUUAGGCAAGCUUCCUUGAAAACUCCAGAAGUUUUACCCCACCAAGACGCCUUCCCAAGGCUGUGGCACAAAGUUCAAACACACCGCCAAGGAAUCGCCAGAUGAGGAGAAAAACAGAGUUGGAAAGCAGUAAAACAGAGAGCCCUGUUGAAGCGAAAGUUGUGAGGUCAAAUCCCUUAAUUAGGACCAAACUGGAAAGGAGUACCAGUGAUUUCAGUAAUGAACUUAAAGGGUUGAAGAAUUUGAGUUUGAAAUGGGAUAACAAUAAAGAUAGUCUUCGAGUUGGUUCAAGUCGCGAUGAUAAUGAGGUGAAGAAAUAUUCUUCAUAUGAACAUCAGCAGCAGCAGCAGCAGGGAUGGCUUUCAAGAAACAAUUCAUUGUCUCCUUCUUCUUCUUCUUCUUCUUCUUCAAUGGAUAAAAGGUCAGCAGAAGACAUGAAAGAACAGAUUAAGUUCUGGGCUAGAGCUGUUGCAUCCAAUGUUCGACAGGAAUGCUGAAAAAAAACACAAAAAGAACUAACAAUACAAAGUUACAAAACUUCUUCUGAUGAUCAAUCUCUAUAUUUACCCAGAGAGUUAUUGUAGAAAUAUUAAUUCAUUUGGUAGAGGUAAAAUCUGAACAAAAACUAUCACAUUAAUUAUUACUACCACAAAUUCUUGUACUCCCCAAUCAAUAAUUACUGAAUGUAUGUAAAAUUUUAUGCAGAGAUUAUGUUCAUUUUUCUUGCAAAUAACUUGAGAAGCAUUUGCGGUUCUAUCCAAUCAAUAUUUGGCUGUUUC